UCUACUGUGCCGGCCACACAAUGAAGCUCUAUUUUGUAAUUGCAACGGUAAUUACCGUAGCUGCAGCCCAACAAUACACGACACCAGUACCAAUCUUGAAGCAAAUAAACAAGCACAACGAAGAUGGUUCUUACAGCUACGGUUACGAAGCUGCCGAUGGUACGUUCAAAAUAGAAACGAAAUAUGCAAACGGUGAAGUAUACGGAAAAUACGGCUAUAUCGAUGACCAGGGUAAACUUAGGGAGGUAGAAUAUGGUGCCAGCAGGAGGGGUUUCGAGCCAGCAGGAAACGAAAUCCAAGUACCUCCUCCGACCCUUAACAGCAACAAGAACGCUAUUGCCAGACCUCUUGCUCCAAACGAAGAGGACGAUGGACAGUACCGUGAGGACCCACAAGCCUAUUAUAAAGACGAUCCCUAUUACCAAGACACCAGAUCAGCCGCCCCUCAAUCACGUUACAGACAAAAUUAUGCUCCCCAAGAGCCACCAAGGUCCAUUUACACUCAAGCCCAGUACCAACCAGAGCCGGCUUACCAGCCCCAACCAGCCUAUCAGCCACAACCGGCUUACAGACCAGCACCACAGCCAACUUACCAACCGCAACCAACUUACCAACCGCAGCCCGCUUUCAGACCACAACCUCAGUACAAUUUUGCUCCAUCUCAGCCUAGAUAUUACAAUCCUCCUGCUCCAGCUUACCCUAACUACAAUCAUUUUCAGGGACAUCCUGCUGCCAAUGUUGACAUUAAUACCGGAUCUUACUCUGUGAAUUACAGGAGAUAGUUAAAUGGAAAAUGUGCCCUAUUUAUUUUUAAUAAGAGAAUGUAUUUCCUAUAAAUUACUUAUUUUUUCUCUUCUUCUUUAAAGCUUCUUAUUUAUAGCACUUUCUUUAUUCACGUAUUUUCUUUACUUUUUCUUUACCUUUCCCUUUUCUUAUAAUUUCUUCUUCUUCUUCUUCUAUUUAUUUUUAAUGCAUUCUCUUUUCUAAGACUAUUUGUUAUCAAUUCUGUAAAUUUAUGGGAAACGCAACUCCAUCAAAAUAAUAUGAUCAAAAUUAUUCUACUUAGCAUAAGACUUGAACUAGUCUAUUAAUUAUAAAUUUAGAGAUACACUGCUGAAAAUGUAAAUAAGCUCUACAAGCCAUUCUAGUAUUAGCCUAUUCUUACGCCGUAUUUCACCGCUAGCUUAUAAGUUUAUAAAAUAAGUAUUGUGAUAUAUAAACAAUAAAUAAAACUAUUUUGUAUAUCAGA